AUGGGUAAAACAAACAUUCAUGUAAAAUAUUUUAGCAAUGAACAAGAAUACUUUGGGUAUAAUUUAAGUUCACACAAUACCGCAGAAAAAGGAGGAUUCAGGCAUAGAAUCAUGAUUAAGUUUGUUGUCUCAUGCAGAGAUACAUAGAUUGGAGACAUUAUCAAAGUUACAGGGUCUUCUACAGAGCUAGGUAACUGGAGUCCAGCUAAUUCUGUGAUUCUCACAACAACCCCAGAUGAUUUCCCUUUCUGGAGAGGGCAUGUUUAAAUUGAUCCAUUUAACUUGUAAAAGAAGAAUCUGCUAGAAUAUAAAUACGUGAUUAUGAUAUAAACAAGCAAUUUAGCUAAAUAAUGGGAGCCGAUCUAGGGAAACAGAAUCAUCGAUCUUAGCAACAAUAAAGAAAUAAUAAUUGAGGAUGUAUUUGGAAAGCCAAAUCAUUUAAGAGAGGAGUUGACUUAAUAUCAGCCUUUAAGAAAUUAUGAGAGUAGUCCUAAUGGAGAUAAGAUCUCAGCUGACUUUGGAUCUUCAGACUUAUCAGCUUUAUCUCCAGGUUAUGGAUAGAAAAUAGUUAAAAAAGUUAGAGAGCACAAAAAUGUGGCUGAGUAGUACAAUCAGAUCAAACAACAGAAGAAGCAAAACUCAUCUUAAAAGCCUGGAUUCGUUGUAAGAUCCAGUACUCUUACUGAGUAAGAAUAGGAUGAUUUGAUUCGCCAUUUACAAGGAACUAUUGAAAAAACAUACGAUGAUAGAUAGGUGCCUGAAGAACUUGCUGCUUUCAGAAGAAAAAUCAGCAGCUAAGCAGUAGAUGUAGAUAAUCUCUGCGAGGAAGAAAAGAUCAUGAGAUCCUUAGAAGAUGUUCAGCAAUCUAGAAUAGAGUCUAUGAGAAUUAAAAACCUUGGUAACACAAUUCAAAAGCAGUACAUUCAUAAUUUGAUCUCGUUUGAGGAUGAUCCUGACUAACUCUCAUUUAACUAAACAUUGGGGUUAUAGAAUCUUGGUUCAAUAGAAGAGGAAUAAGUCUAGCACAAGUACAAUCCAACAAAAUAAGGGAGUGGGUUGAUUUCAUCUGAUGAAGAUGGUUUGGAUGAUUAAGAUGAGGAUGAUACAAUGCAAGAUGAAGAUAGAAAUCUGUUCCAAGACAUAAAAAUCACACCAGAUGAUAUGGUAAUCGUGGCUAGUUUCAAAUUACCGAUAAGUCUAGAUAGAGAUCCAACUUCACCAAAAGGUUGGAAAGUCAGAAAUUCAAGGUCAUUGCUUUAUCCGACAAUGUUCAAGCUUAGAGAAAAGAAAAAUAUGGUCAAGAUAUAAUGGAUAGGCUGGCCAGGAGUUGUACCUGAAUCUCCAGAAGAAAUCAAUCAGAUUACUGAGCUCUUAAAAGAGUAUGGCUGCGUCCCUGCAUUCUUUGAUUCUGAAACUAUAGAAUAAUACCUAUAUUAUCACGAAACAGUGCUUAGGCCUUUAUUCCAUAAUUUCAAGGGAUUAAAUGACUUUGAAUAUCUUGGAAAACAUGAGCAUUGGCAAAAAUAUUAACUAGUUAAUUCAAAGUUUGCUAGUAUUAUCAGAGAACUUAAACAAGAGAAAGAAAUGAUUUGGGUACACGACAAUUAUCUUCUGCUUGUACCUACUUAUGUUAUUAGAAAAGAUAUUGGAGCAAACAUUGGUUUCUCAAUGCACUGCCCUUUCCCGUCAUCUGAUAUUUACAAAAUGUUUCCCUACAGAGGCGAGGUCCUCAAAUCUUUACUUUCUUGUAGUCUCAUCGGUUUCCACUAAUUCGAGUAUGCUAGAAAUUUUUAUACCUCUUGCAGGCGUAUUUUAGGAUUAAAUCAUGAAUUUAAAAAGGGAGGAUUCCUAGCUAUUGAGAGUUUCGGUAGAUCAGUGAUGCUGAGAAUAUCUCAUAUUGGAAUCAUGGAAGAAGACAUUGUUGAAAUGAUGGAUUCUGAUGAAUGCAAGAAUUUUAUAAAGUUUCUAAAUACUAAUAUCAUAUAGAAGAAGAAAUUUAUCCUAUCAAGUAUUGAUAGAUUCCAUCCAAUUAGUGGACUUAAGAACAAGCUUUUGGCCUAUUAGAAAUUUUUAAGAGAUUACUCAUCCCAAAAAAAUGCUAUCUAGCUCAUUCAGUAUGUAAUCCCCUCAGAUUGUCCAAAAUGCUAGCUAUUAACAUGUUCUCAUCAAAUAAUAAACUAAACUAGAUCAGAAUUAAUAGAUCUAGUUAAGUAAAUUCAAGACGAAUUCGGGUAAUCAAGUCUUCAUUACGUUGAGUAGGAUUUGUCUAUGGAAUGUAGAAUGGCAUUAUGGAGUGUCACAAACAUUCUAUUAAUCACUACCUUAAGAGAUGGAUAAUGCCUUCCACCACUUGAAUUUAUAACAGUCAAGAAACAUUAGAAUAAAAGUAAAUAAGCAGCAGUGAUAUUGUCAGAGUUCUCUGGGUGUAACAGAGCUUUAGGAGGAAAUUUGAAAGUUACUCAUCAAUCAAAAUGUUAAACUUUUGUCAAUCCAUUCAAUGUUGAUGAAAUAGCUAGAAACAUAGAGCUAGCAAUUUAAAUGCCCUCCGAGGAGAAGGAGUAAAGAUUUAAGCUAGCCUAUAAUUAUAUUUCAAAACACUCUACUCUCAAAUGGGCUGAAUCUUUUGUGAAAGAUUUAAAAAGAUCUCAUUUAUCAGUUGGAGAAAAUGUCAGCAACUAUAUGAUUAUAGGAUUUGGCUUAAAUUAGACUAUUAUUAAAACAAGACAAGGUUUUACUGAAUUACAGGAGAAAGAGGUAGAAUAAAACUAUGCAAGAGGUAUCCAGAGAUUGAUUGUCAUUGAUUAAGAAGGGGUUUUACCGAUGAGAAAUCAUUCGAAUAAAUUACUUAAGGAACCUGUUCCUAAUGUCGUAGAGAUUCUAAAUUAGUUGUCAUAAGACGAAAAUAACUUAAUAUUUGUUAUAAGCUCUGAAAUGAAGGGUUAAAUGCAUAAGUGGUAUGCCUAAAAAGCUCCAAAGAUAGGCCUUGCUGCUGAAAAUGGAUUCUUUUGGAGAAUGGAGAGUCAAAAUAAAGAUGAACACACCUGGGUUAAGUUGCUUCCAAAGGUUAUUGAUCUCUGCUGGAUAGAAUCUGUAAGAGACAUUAUGUAGAGUUAUACAGAGAAAACAGACGGAGCUUUUAUUGAAGAAAAAGAAGCAAUGAUUAUUUGGAAUUACAAAGACACAGAUCCUGAAUUUGGAAAUUGGUAAGCUAAAGAGUUAACUUCUCAUCUUGAGCAUGUAUUUUGCAAUCUACCCAUUGAAAUUUUACAUGGCAAAAAGUGUUUGGAAGUAGUCCCUAGCUAAUUGAAAAAGGUGAAAUUAGUCAAGCUAUUGCUUUAAACUCUUGGGAAAAAGUACAAUCUUGAUUUUGUUCUUUAUAUUGGUGAUGAUAUUGGAAAUGAACCUAAUGCUAGUGUUUAUACUUGUACUAUUGGUAGAAAAGUCACUCAGGCUAAAUACUUCCUUAAUGAGACUGAUAAUGUUGUCCAUCUUCUAGAGACAUUGAUGAAUAGCUCUCUUAAAGCAUCAAGAAAUAAGUCAUUUGUUGAAUUAAGAAAACUUGAUACCUAAAAUAACAGUGGAAACUUACUUUAUGGGGCUAUAUAAAAUAAUGAAUAAUUAAGAAGAAAUGGAACUUAAAUGAUUGUCAAUAACAGGUCAAGGCCCAAUCAGUAUAUGAAUAAACCCCAGAAUAAUAGUGGAAUUUUAAGAGCUGGAAGUGGAAUGCUUGUGGCCUAAUAUAACGAUUCAUAAUCUGAAAAUGAAGAUAGCGAUGGAUUUUUAAAUUCAGGCAAUUCUUCUAACAAUGAGUUAUAGGAUAAUGAAGAGCAUAUCAUCAAGAGUUACCUUAAAAAGAAGGCUGAUUUUUGA